AGUUAUCAAAUAAACAAGGCAAGCAAAACCAAACUCUUCCCCUCUCUGAAAGAUGAUGUUCUCUGCUGAAUCGUCUUUCUUUCUCUUCAUCAUCAUCUUGCUCUUGAUCCAACUCUGUAAAUCUGUUGAGGCUAAUGAAUAUGAAGAUUGCAGAGGAACUUUUGUUUGUAGAAAUGUCAGUUUAAGUUAUCCUUUCUACGAUGGACUAAUCCGUCCUGCAUAUUGUGGUUAUCCUGGCUUCCAGCUCGAUUGCAGUGAAGAAUAUGAUACUCCCGAGAUUUUGGUGACAGCAACAGCGGAGAUAUACCGUGUUCUACAGAUGGAUUCACGUUCACAAACGGUCUCUGUCGCUCGUAAUGACUUCUGGACUAACUACUGCCCAGAGAGGUUGUUCAAUACCACCUUAAACUACACCCAUUACCGGUACCCCGAUGUAGUUGACAAUUUUACCCUCUACUAUGAGUGUACGCGUCCUGAUAUACCGGCAACACCCACAAGUUCAGAUAUUCCGUUUUAUUGUUCAAACAUAAACCCUACUCUUUCGUUAGGUUACUUUAUGAUUGAUGAUAAUGAUGCACCACCAACACCAUGCCAUAGCAAUAUCAUCGUGCCAUUAAAUCGAUCUGUUGAAGAAAUAACAGAUUAUACCAGUUUACAGAGGGCCUUUCGCACUGGCUAUGAAUUAGAGUAUAUUGCAGAAAACGAGUUAUGUGAUAAUUGUCGGGCAUCAAGUGGGGAGUGUGGGUAUGAUAUUAACCGGAGAAGAUUUGCUUGUUAUAACAAUGGAUCCGCUCUUUCUAAGAAGAAGUUGAAGACUAUACUGAUAGUAGCAGCUUCUUCAGUAGUAGGAUCUGCGAUGAUUGUAGUUGCUCUAGUUUAUUUCACAAGAAGAAAGGUAUCACAAAAACUUAACAUCUUAACAAAGGAAGAAAGAAGAGACUGCCAAGAUGUGGAAGCUAUGCUUAGAUGCUAUGGAGAACGUGCUCCGAAAAGAUACACCUACAGAGAAAUAAAGAAAAUGACCAGUCGCUUUAAGGAAAAACUCGGUGAAGGCGGGUAUGGUGGUGUUUACAAAGGCAAACUACAAAAUGGUUCUGUUGUUGCAGUAAAAUUACUGAAAAAUGUCAACUGCAAGGGAGCAGAUUUCAUUAAUGAAGUUUCCGGCAUUAGCGGGACUAAUCAUGUAAACAUUGUCACUCUUUUAGGUUACUGCUUCCAAGGACGAAAAAGAGCUCUGGUUUAUGACUUUUUACCCAAUGGAUCACUUGACAAGUACAUAUAUUGUGAUCAAAAUCAAACUUCAGUACUAGAAUGGGAAACGUUACUCCAGAUUGCAAUUGGAAUUGGACGAGGCUUAGAGUACCUGCAUCAAGGUUGUAGGACACGUAUACUGCAUUUCGACAUUAAGCCUCAUAACAUACUUCUUGAUGCAAAAUUCUGUCCGAAAAUAUCAGAUUUUGGGUUAGCAAAGCCAUGUCUACAAACAGAGAGUUUGAUGACAAUGUCAGGCACCAGAGGCACUCCAGGAUACAUAGCUCCUGAAGUGUUUUGCAGAGGCUUUGGCGGUGCUUCCCACAAAUCAGACGCCUACAGCUUUGGGAUGCUUGUUCUAGAUUUGGUUGGUUGUAGAAAAAACAAUGUUGCUGGAAGUGACAAGACAAGCAGUGAGCUGUAUUUUCCUCACUAUAUAUACAAGCAGUUUCAACUUAAUCAAGACCAAGAUGAGCUUCUGGGAAUCUCAAAUGAUGGAGAAAAGGCUCUGCAAAGAAAAAUGGUUAUAGUUAGCUUGUGGUGCAUCCAAACGAAUCCCUCAAGCCGGCCUUCAAUCAGCAAGGCGGUGGAAAUGCUCCAAGGAGACCUCGAGUUACUGCAGAUUCCUCCCGUGCCAUGUCUGUCUUCUCCUCCUAGCUAGGUCAUCAUAUCAACAUAAUUCAUCUACAUUCUCCAUGACAUUCUAACAAUCAUUUCAUUUCAAUGGCCAAGCAAUACCAAUGGUUUUUUAAUUGUACACUAAUGCAGAUGCACAAAGCUCAAUUACUGCAUUACAGUAGGAUUAGAACAAUGUUUUGCUUAGAACAAUUACUGAUGGAAAUAAUUGAGACAUA